AUGCGAGUCAUCAGCUUUUUCUCGGCAUUGCUGCUUGGCACUGCCACUGCUUUGGCACCCAUCGAAAUCGUUGGUAACAAGUUCUUCGACGAGAAGGGCAGACAAUGGUUUAUGAAAGGCAUUGCCUACCAACUGAGGCCAGAUGAUCCGCUCGUUGACACCGACCAAUGCACCCGCGACGCUGACCUCAUGAAGACUUUGGGCACCAAUGCAAUUCGCAUAUACCAUGUUGACCCCGAGGCCAACCACGAUGGGUGCAUGUCUGUCUUCGACAAGGCUGGCAUUUACACCCUCAUCGAUCUCGACACUUUUGACUCGUACAUCCUACCUAAUACUCCUUACUGGAACGAGAAGCAGUUCAAUGCGUACGCCAAGGUCAUGGACGUCUUCCACAAAUACGACAACGUGCUUGGCUUUUUUGUUGGCAAUGAGAUUAUCGCGCUUAACAACCAGUCUCAGGUCGCCCCUUACAUCAAGGCCGCUACACGCGACAUGAAGGCCUAUCGCGACAAGAAGGGCUACCGCAAGAUUCCCGUUGGCUACUCCGCCGCCGAUAUUGCCGAGCUGCGGCCUAUGCUGCAGGACUACCUCACGUGCGGCGGCAAGCCCGAGAACAACAUCGAUUUUUUCGGUCUGAACUCGUACGAGUGGUGCGACCCCAACACUUACAACACGUCCGGUUACGCGAACCUGCAGGCAAUGGCUGAGCAGUUCCCUGUCCCAAUCUUCUUCACUGAGACGGGCUGCAUCACCGGUGAAGGUCCACGCACGUGGGACGACCAGGACGCCAUCUUCAGUCAGCCCAUGGUUGACGACUGGAGCGGAGCCAUGGUCUAUGAAUGGAUCUACGAAGAGAACCGUUAUGGCAUUGUGUCGUACGGACCCGAGGUUUCCAAGACCAUCACCACCGGCGACGUGUACGACGGCUUCACUCGCAAGGGCACUCCAAUUCCCCGCUCUCCAGAGUUCCAAAACCUCCAGUCCAAAUGGGCCGCCAUCACACCCACCGGUGUCAUGAAGUCCGACUACAAUCCCAGCAGUGUUUCUACCCGCGAAUGCCCCAAAGCCACAGGUGGCUGGCUUGUCGACGGAGAUGUCGCCUUGCCAACUCUCGGGGAGACAUUUAAGGGCUCCUACUCUUCGAGCCCAACGGCACAGCCUGGCGCCAGCACAGGUGCAUCCGGCUCUGCGGCACCUACCCAGUCAGCCGAAUCAUCUGCCCCCGAAAGACCCUCGGGCUCCGGGACCAAGCAGAUCGCUGGCAUGGCCAUCGGCCUCGUUGGCGUGAUGAUCUUCUUCACUGUGUGGAUGUAA